ACAUGUUUAAGCGCUGCACCUGCAUGUCGCUGACGAUUAAAUUACUCUUAUCAGCUCAUUUUUAUUAAAUGGAAAAGUAGAGAAUAUCUCAUCCUCAAAAGUUUUAAGCUGAUUCUGACAAAAUACGUGUUUAUCUGAACAUCAAGAUGUUCGCCAAAGCGUUUCGUGUGAGAUCUAACACGGUUAUCAAGGGAUCUGACAGGAGGAAGCUGAGAGCAGAUAUCUCCACUGCCUUCCCUUUACUGUCAAUGGAGGAUCUUAAUGAGCUUUUCCCAAAUAAAGAAGAGCUAAAUAUUGUGAAGAUUUAUGCACAUAAGGGAGAUGCAGUCACUCUUUACGUGCUCCAAAAAAAUCCCAUAUUCUUUCAGAUGGAGAAACAGCUAUUCCCUACAGUGUACACACUGUGGCGAUAUCCUGCCAUGCUUCCAGCAUUCACCACAUGGCCACCUGUCCUGCAGAAGUUAGCUGGAGGAGCAGAUCUCAUGUUGCCAGGGGUUGUGGUGUCUGCUAGUGGCCUUCCUGAGGUAGAUCAAGGAGAUUGCUGUGCUGUCAAUCUUGUGGCGAACAGGGCACCAGUGGCCGUUGGCACUGCAGCCAUGUCGAGUGCUGAGAUGAGGAGCAGUGGAAUGAAGGGAAAAGGAGUGAAUAUUUUACAUACAUACAUGGACCAACUGUGGGUGUUUGGAGAUAAGACAAAUCCUCCAGUUAUACCAGUCACAAACUCUCCAGCACAGGUGGAGGAAGAAACAGAGGGAGAGGAAUACGAGGAGGAAGAGGAGGUUAAAGCAGAGGGGGAGGUCAGAGAUGGACAGAACAUCUCUGAACCAGUGAAAAAAUAUUGUCAGAGUAUGCAGGAGCUGAGAUUGGAAAAGCAAGAUGCUGAGGUGUUGAAGAAAGAAGAAAUGGAUAAAGUUAGAGAGGGAGAAGACUCUGACGGAGAAGAGGACGACUCUAGAUCUCCACAAGAGCAAAUGGAUGCAUUAUUGCUACAGUGCUUUCUCCAUGCACUGAAAACUAAAGUGAAAAAGUCAGAGCUCCCCCUGCUGACCAGCACCUUCCUCCGCAACCACAUGGUGGCCUGCUGUCCUCGAGGAAAACAACUUGAUAUCAAGAAAUCCAGUUAUAAAAAGCUCUCUAAGUUUCUGCAGUGCAUGCAGAGAGAUUACAGUCUGGUUCAGGUGAAGGAGUUGAGUAAAGGUGUGGAGAGCAUUGUGGAAGUUGACUGGAAGAACCCCAAGUUAAGUUCUUUCAGGACUCCCGAGGAUUGUGGGACAGAGAAUAACUCUGUGGAGGGGUGCGGCGCUUUUGAGGUGUCAUACCAGCCCCCUGAAAUCACACCCCUGUAUGGGGUCACAGCUCGCCUGGAGCCUCUCUUUCAGGAUGCCCAGAAAAGAAAGGGAACGGCUCUAAAGGCCAUUGAAGUGAGGAAUAUCAUCACAGAUUAUGUGAAGAAAAAUGAACUUGUCCAUGAAAUCAAUAAAAAUUUUGUCAUUAUUAAUCCUACACUUUGUGACUGCUUACUGGAGAAGUCUGAGUACCAGGAAGUGGAGAAGCUGAAAUGGGACGAUCUCAUUAGCAGGACUCUGAGCAGAAUGCAGGCAUGCCAUGAGGUGCUGUUUCCAGGUCAGCGUGCUAUGGUUAAAAAAGGACAGGUGGAACCCAUAGACAUCACUAUAGCCUCUAGGGGUUCCAAUAAGAAGGUUACAAUAAUAAAGAAUCUGGAGGGGUUUGGUUUAGACCCAGCUUUGGUAGCAGACACCCUGCAGCAUCGGGUCCAGGCCAGCUGCAUCAUCCAAGAUUCCCCAGGAGCCAGAAACAGGGUCCAGGUGCAGAUCCAGGGAAAUCAGGUCCAACAUGUUGGCAAACUCCUGCUAGAUCAGUAUCACAUCCCACGGAAAUAUGUGCAAGGUCUUGACAAAGCUCCCAAACCAGGCAAGAAGAAAUAGCAGACAUCCUUUCGACUAAUAGCUACAGUAUAUGUUACUGUAACAUUGACUGUAACAAUGUCUGGUCCAACCAUUUGUGCAAUAAAAAAAUCUGAUUUCAUUUUAA